UUUACUUUCGAUGAAACUUCCCUCCUGAAAUGAAAAUUUACCAUAAAAAUGCCCUCAUUGUCAUUCAGUUGAGCCUCCAUCCCUCGCUAGCAGAGUAGUAGUAUUAGAUUUAGAGCACAAAGGAAGGACGUUCCACAUUCAAGCUAUUAUGCGCUGGAGUUGGUUAAUGCCAUUUCAUCAUUUCUUUAUUAAAAGAAGAGAGGAAACAGAGAGAGCGUUUUAUGAGAAUGGAAGCAAGUUACUUGAGAAGCUAAUUGCCUCUUGCAAUGCCAAGCCUAUUCCCAUCCGUACCUUCUCCCCUCAACAGCUCCGCCAAGCAACCAACAACUUUUCUUCUGAACAGCUGGUAACGGGGUUCUCUAUUCGGUACAAGGUUUCUCUUGAAGGACGAAUUGUUUUCAUUAAGGGUUCGUUCGUUCACAAUGCCAAGCCUAUUCCCAUCCGUACCUUCUCCCCUCAACAACUCCGCCAAGCAACCAACAAUUAUACUGCUCAACAUCUGGGAACUUAUUGGUACACGGGUUCUCUUGAAGGACGAAUUUUUCUCAUUAAGCGUUUUGAUUAUGCCGAUGUAGCCAUCAAUGAUUUAGUGAUUUCUGCAAAAAUGAGUGGUCACAGCAAUGUAUUAAAGCCCAUAGGCUGUUGUCUCCACACUCCAUCUCCCAUUUUUGUGUUUGAAUUUGCCGCCAAUGGUGUCAUUGCAGAUCGAAUUUAUGUCUCCCGCCUACCUCAGCCGAUGGUGUGGGAGAGAAGGUUAAAGAUUGCAAGGCAGAUUGCUCAUGCUCUUUCUUAUCUCCAUACUGCCUUCCCAAGACCUGUCAUCCACAUGGCUAUCUCCAUGCGCAGUAUCUUAUUAGAUGAACAUGAUGUUCCCAAAUUGUCUAGCUUUUAUUUUUCUGUAUCAAUUCCCGAAGGUGAAGCUGACGUGGACGCUCCUUUUAUUUUAAGGUUCUGCGCCCCUGAGUUUAAAGCAUCAAGAAAAGUAACAGAGAAAUUUGAUGUAUAUUGCUUCGGUCAGCUUCUUCUAGAACUUUUAACUGGAGAGGAUUCUUAUAAUAUAACCCGAUUGACAAUUGAUGAAGAUUCUAGCUUAGUAGCAUACAUACAUAAUCGUGCUCAGGGUAGUUGCAUAAACGAGAUUGUGGAUCCUGCAAUCUUGGCUGAAGAUGGGGAAGGAGGUGCUAGUUUAGAGCAUCAAUUACAAGCUGUGGUGGACCUUGCCUUGACAUGUACAGAGGAAGAUCCACAAAGAAGGCCAGCUAUGGUUGAUGUCACCAAACAACUCAGGCGGAUUGAAAGGUUCACAAAAAUGGGUGAAGAGCUUGGGGGAAAUUUGCAGAAUUUAAAGCUUCUUGAGAGUUUUGAAGAGCAUGCUUCUGCAUCAUUUUAAAGGAAUGCUUCCAGUGAUGAAAUCCAAGCAGUGAACGAAGCCUCUGAAAGGCCUCUUGAAGUUUAAUUGUGAUGCAACUGAAUGAUGACAGAGCUUGUAUGGCAGUUUUAACCUGUGAUUGGGAAGUUAUCAUUAUGGCAAACCCUUAAGGUAUGUAUUAAUGCUAUAAGAACUGGAGGAUAGGUUGUUAUUGGCAAAGGAGUUUGAUAAUUGUUCUUUUGUUUGAAUAAAAGGAACGCAAACUAAGUAAUUCAUGGUCUUAAUAAAUGACUAUGUAUGGUGGUUUGUUUAGGGAAAAAGGACAUUUGUAUUGUUUAGUUGGUUUGUAAAUUUUCUUUUUCCAGAAUAUAUGUGAUUUCUCAUUUUAGUUUGGCAAA